CUCAACCGGAAGUGGGCGACUUGAGCAGUUGGCUUUCAGUUGCUCGUUGUCGGUCUGUUCGUCGCGCUCGCUCCAUAUCGAUUUAUUUUAACCAUUCACUUUAUUCCGCUUGUGGGAAAUAAAAGUUUGACUUUAUUCCGCGUGUGGAGGAGUGAAGAUGUCAAACAUGGCGGAGUCCACCGCUCAGAGUCACUAUGGCCGUCUGACCGCCGAGCAGAUGGACGAGCAGAGGCACCAAAAUGUCGCCUAUCACUAUUUGUGUCGACUGGAGGAGGCAAAAAGACAGGCAUAUUGUAACGUGAUGACAAGAUGUAACAAGAUGACCGCGUCCAAUGAGACUUUGAUUGCUCGGAUCACGAGCUCACACCGGGUCAAUGGCGGCCAUCCCCACAGGUGGAUGGAGGCCUGUCUGGGGGAGGAGCUUCCCGCUCCCACGGAGCUCGAGGAAGCCUUGCGGAACGGCGUCCUUCUCGCCAAACUGGCCCAUCGCUUCUCACCCGCCGUCGUUCCUCGCAAGAAGAUUUACGACUUGGAGCAGCUGCGCUACCAGGCCGUGGGUGUGGAAUUUCGUCACACGGACAACAUCAACCACUGGAGGGAUGCGCUGAUGGCGCUUGGACUGCCACCAAUCUUCCAUCCAGAAACCACAGACAUUUAUGACAAGAAGAACAUGCCCAGAGCUGUUUACUGCCUACAUGCACUGAGCUUGUACCUGUUCAGACUUGGCCUGGCUCCACAGAUCACUGACCUUUGUGGGAAGGUCAAGUUUACAGAGGACGAAAUCAACAACAUGAGGCUGGAGUUGGACAAAUAUGGCCUCCAGCUUCCCGCCUUCCACAAAAUUGGAGGAAUUCUGUCCAAUGAGAUGUCGGUGGACGAGGCCGCGGCGCACGUGGCGGUGAUCGCCAUCAACGAGGCUGUUGACAAACGUGACGUCGGGGCGACGGCGGAGGCGCUCAGGAACCCCAACGCUCAGCUCGCCGACCUGCAGGAGGCACUGACGAGCGUCUACCAGGAGACGCUGCUUCGUGCCAAACGAAGGAAAGCGCGGCAGGCGGCCAGCCGGGGUGGAGCCUCCGAGGAAAAAGAUCUGUACGAGGAGUUUCUGACCCGCAGAGAAAUACAAAACAACAUCAACACGGUCAACGUGAGAUCGGCGGUGGAGCGGGUGGAUGAAGCGGUGGACGCCGCUGACGAGCCGUCGCUCGUGGGCGCUCUGCGGCUGCCGUGUUUGGCCCUCGUGGGCGUCCUCGGCGCCAACGGGCCCUGGUACCUGGAGCAGCUGGCGGCCGACCGACACGCAAAGGCACUGGACCACGCCUUGGCGGACCCGCUGGAGCCCGAUGAGCUUCAAGAGGCCGUCAACGCAGCGAAUCGGGAAGCCUGCGGAGACGCUGAGAUGCAGAGAGCGGUAGACGGCGUGAACGAGUCGUUGCGGGGCAGCGACCCGCAACGCACGGUCAGCUGUCUGAUGUCCUCUGACCUUCGGCUGCCCCCCGUCUUCCCUUGCGCGGCGGCUCUUUAUCAUCAGCAGCUGCGGCUGUUACAAGCGCGCGCGGGACAGGGGGCACUGCAGCUGGAAGAGCUGUUUGUAGCUGUGGAGAUGCUGUCGGCAGUGGUGCUUGUCAAUCAGGCGGUGGAGGCGGGAAAUCUGCGGCAUCUCAGCUCCUUAUUGGUCAAUUCAUCAGUGGGCUUGACAGAUGUGGACCAAGCCCUGAUGGACAAGUACUUGUUGCGUCUGUUCAACAUGAAGCAGUCGUCCGGUCGUGAAGCGCUGACCUGGAAUCAGCUUCAGGAAGGAAUCAAGCUGGCCAACGAGGACGCCCAGGCCCAACAUCAGCAGAUAGUGACUCUUUGUGCGGUUAACGAGGCUUUGCUGGCCGGAGAUGUUCGCGGGCUGCUUUCUGCACUGCUGCUCCCCUCUAGUGGUGUGGAGGACAUCGUGCCCGCCAACGCCUGGAGGUACCUCAGCUCGAUGAGCGCUGCCAGGCAGCGCAAAGCACAGACCUACCAGCUCAGCAAAGAUGCGGGAGCUGAGCUAUGGUUGGCUGAAAUCCAGGAAGUAGUCAGACAAACCAAUGUGGAGACUCAGAAAGCUCUGAAGUUGUGUCUGGCGGUGGCAGCUGUCAACCAAGCGGUGAAGGAGAAGCAGGCUGCGCAGACGCUGCGAGUGCUGUCUCUACCAGAGGUGGCGCUGCAGGGAGUGACGCGGUGCCGGGCGGUCGAGUAUCAGCGGCAGCUCGCUGCUUUGGCGCAUCGGAAGGCGAGCGCAGGAGACAACAAGAGUCCGUGGGUCCGAUUCCGAAUGCGAGACGGCUCCUCGUUCUUCUUCCACCUCAUCAAACUGGAAGGCACGUGGGAGGAACCUCCCAAUUUCGUCCACAACAGCGUGUUCCUGGACCAGCAGGACAUCCAGGAGGUGGUCGACGGCGUGUUAUCCGCGCACCGGCGGCGAGAGCUUUGGGCCGACAAUCGAGCGCUGGUCACCCGCUUGCAGUCGGCCAUUCGAGGAUUCCUCACCCGACGCCGACUGGCAGCUCGCCGGAAUUACCUGCGCGGCCACGCCUGCGCCGUGGUCCUCAUCCAGGCUCACUGGAGGAGGUUCGUCCGGCAGAGGGCGUACAGGCGGCGGCUGCAGUUCCUCUCCAGCAACUGGAGCGCGGCGGUCAAGAUUCAAGCCUUUGCGAAGAUGUGCUUGGCCAGGAGGAAGUAUCUCUCACGGUUGAAGUUCUUCCGACAAAAUGUGGGCGCCGUCAUAAAGAUCCAAACCUUCUUUCGAGCAAGUCGGGCGCGGGCCGAGUACAGGAUGCUGGUGCAAUGGGACACGCUCCCCCUGAGCGUGCUCAGGAAGUUCGCCCACUUGCUGGACUUGGGGGACGCCGACAUCGGGGAGGAGGUGAAAGUGGCGUGUCUUCGGGAGGAGGUGGUCCGGACCGUCCGCUUCAACAGGCAGCUGGAGGCCGACCUGGACCUGAUGGACCUGAAAAUCGGGCUGCUGGUGCGCAACAGGGCCACGCUGCAGGAAGUGGAGUCUCACUGCAAGAAGCUGACCAGGAAGAACAAGGAGAAGCUGUCGGACUUGAUGGACGUGGAGAGGAGCAAAGGCUUGAAGGCUCUCAGCCGAGAGAGUAGACGGAGACUGGAGGCCUACCAGAACCUCUUCUACCUGCUCCAGACUCGGCCGUCCUACUUGGCGCAUCUGAUCUUCCUGAUGCCGCAGAGUCGCUGCUCGUCCUUCGUGGAGAUGGUGGUCUUCAGCCUGUUCAACUACGGAGCGGACGAUCGUGAAGCCUUCCUGCUUCUGCAGCUCUUCACGCAGGCGCUACACUUUGAGAUCAGGUCCAAGGUGACGGAGCCCCAGGACGUAGUCAGGGGGAACCCCUUCGUCAUCAAGAUGCUGGUCAACUUCUACCGACACGAUCGUGGCCGCAACGUCCUGCGGGAGGCGCUGGGUCCCGCCCUGCGGGACGUCUUGGCUGCCCGGAACCUCAGCGUCAGGACCGACCCGCUGGACGUCUACAAGAGCUGGAUCAACCAGACCGAGAGCCAGAGCGGACUUAAGAGCUCGCUUCCCUACGACGUUUCCCCCGCGGACGCUCUGUCCCAUCCCGAAGUCCGGCGCCGCGUCGACAUCGCUGUGGUCAACCUGCACAACCUGACCCAGAGAAUCCUCGAGGCCAUCACCUCCAACAUUAACAAACUCCCAUAUGGCUUCCGCUACUUGGCGAAGGUUCUCGGAGAUGCCCUGAGGUCCAAGUUCCCUGCCGCCAGUGAGGAUGACGUCUACAAGGUGGUUUGCAACCUGGUAUAUUACCGCUUCCUAAAUCCCGCCAUCGUGGCUCCGGACGCGUUCGACGUGUUGGAGCGUACGGGUGUGCCGGGGGGCCUGCGGCCAGCGCAGCGCCGCUUGCUGGGCUCGGCGGCCCGCCUGCUGCAGCGCGCCGCCGCCAACGAGCCCUUCCUCGGGGACGGCGAGCACGUGGCCGCGCUCAACCGCUAUGUCGCGCGCACACACUCCGCCUUCAGGAAGUUUGUGUCGCGCCUGUGCGACGUUCCCGAUCCGUCGGAGCGCUUCCGGAUGGACGAGUACUCGGAGGCGCUGGUCGUCGGCCGGCCGCUCGUCUACAUCUCGCUCGGCGAGCUCGUCGGCACGCACGAGCUGCUGUUGGAACAUCAGGAACGUUUGUGUCCCGAGCCCACGGAUCCGCUCAGACUUCUGCUCAGCGAUGUCGGUCCUGUUCCCAGCCUACAGGAACUCAUGGGUACCACAACUACCACGGCCCUGGCGGAUCCAGGAUCCGAGUCGGGUUGGGGAAAGACCGAAGUUUCUCUGACGCUCACAAACAAGUUUGAUGUUUUCGACGACCGCGACGACUCGGCCGACGUCGGCGCUUUGCUGCUCUCGACCAAGCGGCUGAUCGUGGAUGUGAUCGGGACGCAGCCGGGGGACACGCUCGGUGACGUCCUGCAAGCCGAUGUGUCGCUCGACCAGGAAAUGCGUCACGAGCAGCUGAUGCGUCGCCGCGCUCUCCGGGACGCGCGUACGCCGGACAAGAUGAAGAGGUGGGCAUCAACGAUGGAUGCCGCCGGUCUCAGCCUGGAGGAGAAGAAACGCAAGAUCGGCAGAAGCAUUCGGCGUCUGGAGGCUUUGGGCGUCCUGCCGGCGACGCGCGGCCAUCGCCGCAUCCUUGACAUGAUCGCGCAGGACAUCCGCAACCGGCGCUUUCGCCGCCGGCGCCGGGGGGCGGAGCUUGUGAAACUGGGCCAGACGAUGCAGAGUCUGCGGGCCAAGAGCAGCUUCCUCGGCCAGCAGGCGGACUACUACGAACAUUACAUCGCUUCCUGUCUGGACGAGCUGACGGCCGACGGCCGAGCCACCGGCAAGAAAACGCCAGACGUGCGCGGGAAGAAGAAAGUUCCUGUCGUGAGCUACACGGCCUCGCGCCUGCACGACAAAGGCGUUCUGCUGGAGAUCCAGGAACUGCCCACCACGCAGUUCAAGAACGUGGUCUUCGACAUCUUGAACGGGGCCGAGAAAGGAAGCUUCCUCGUCAAAGCUCGCUUCCUCGGCGUCGACAUGGAGGAAUUCCACAUCAAAUACCAGGUAGCCUUGAAAAUCACCCAACGAGUCGAUGCCAAACCGUCAAUGGAUCGAUCCCUCGCGCCUUUAGGACCUCCUCCAGCUGCAGUACGACGGCGUCACGGUGAUGAAGAUGUUCGGCAAAGCAAAAGUCAACGUCAACUUGCUCAUCUUCCUCCUCAACAAAAAGUUCUUCAACAAAUAAAAAUAGCUUUCAUUUAUUCAUGAAUCAACAACAGUCUUUUAUACAUAUUUGUUUGUUUUUAAUAGCAUUUGUCAAUAAAUAGUGCAACACAAAA